AUGAGUGAAGACGGGCAGUCCACUAAUUCAAAAACCGAUGACAUCAAGAAUACUGAUACCAAUAAAACUCGUUCGCCCGAAAGGCGCUCGCGACCGCGCCCAUCAAGGUCUUCCUCAUUGGACUCCUCUUACGAAAUUGUUCCAUCCACUGGCACCGAAUUGAGUGACGAAGGUCUAACCAAGCCUUUAGCUGGUAAACCUUCUCCCUACAAAAGAAAUCAUCACUCUCGCCAUGGUUCUUUACAUAGCUUUGCUGAAUCAAUACCUUCUUCUCCGUUAAAACAUGAAUUGACCUUAAACACUUCUCCCACUCAAAUUGAUGAAGGUGACGAUUAUGAAUCCAUUCCCUCGCCUGCUCAUACCGAAUCCAACGAAGACCGCAAUGAUGACGAUAAAGAUAACGAGGUCGAUAGAUUGGGAGACUUGAAUCUGCAUCAGUUUGGUUUUCCGACAAACUUCCGUCUUUUGUACGUCGGCUAUGCCGCUAAUGAACAGUUAAAGGAUGAUGUCUUCCAGAAAGUGUCUGAAGCCUUAUCCCAGAUUUUUUGGGAAGAAGCUGACAGAAAUUUACAUCCUACUGCUGACGUAAGGCCUGAGAAGAGGAUUGUCAUAUGUCCGGUAACCAACUAUCCCGACAACGGCAAACCUGAAGUAGAGUUUUACCAAGAUUCGGGUGUUGCCGUAUCCGAGGCCGACUUUACUAAUAGAAAAUUAAGGGAAAUUCUGGACUAUUUGGAAAAUCAAUUUGCCAAAAAAGAAAACGACGAUGAUUUAGUUGAUUUAUGCUUUUAUUUUUUGCCUCCAGAUGAGAAGAAAAUUCCAAGUGAUCUUUGGACAACUAUGAAGAAAUUGCAAGAAAAAGUUACUCUUGUUCCACUUCGUACUGCUGCUCCUGAUGAACUUUCAACUACACGUCAGACGUUAUUGCAUUCUCUAAAGCAAAACGACAUUGACAUUUUUAUCUGGAAAGACGACAAAUUAGUGCAAAAAUGGGAUGAAAAAACCGGACGGCACAAGUGGUUCAAGACAGUUUUUACGAGAACCUUGUUGACUGUAGAAGAAUUUGCCGAAUUGGACAUAGAAGCGAUGUUUGAAGAUCUUCGAUUGAUAAGGUCACGUGCCCUUGAAUUCAGAAAAGAGCGCGAGAAGAGGGAAAUUGUUCAACGAAGAAUACGUAGUGUAGAGAGAUUGGUAGAAUUUGUUAGAUCAUUUUUGAUGAUGGUAUUCGUUCUUGGUGUAGCAUACUUUUUCUUCCUUAGUAUGUGGACAUACGGGGAGUUUUCGGUAAUUCCAGAAGACAUCCGAGAAUCGCUUCAAGUCGUAUCGAGUGCAACAUCGAGGUUACAGCAGGACUACUCAUGGCAAUACGCAGAUACGUUUGGCAUUGACGAUUCGCAACACAGUAGAUUGGUGGAAGUGUACCAAGUGUCUCGCUCCCGUUUCGUAAUCGAUACGUACGACCGAAAACAGACAUCACGAGGCGUCACAAGAGCUUACGAAGCAAUCGUAUUGCAUAACGCCAAGGUAUUACGACGUCACGACGUUGCCGGCAUUGGAGACGGUCGGUACAGUUUUGACAUUGACACGAGCGACGCCAUAGGGAGUGUAUAUGUUGCGGUUAGAGAUAAAAACGGAGAAAUCGUGCGAGUGGUACCUUGGUUGAAUCACAAGAUGAUUGAACAAGCACGACAACCCAAUACACCGUCUGCCAGAAAUGCCGACAAUUCUCCACAGAAUUACUAUGGUUACGGUGCUAUGAGUUCUCAAGUUGUUCGACAUGCCCAGCAAAUGUAUUCGAUGUCACUCAGCGUCGGUGGACAACUGGCGGACAAUGCCAAGAACCUAUUUAUCUACACCAAGAAAAAAGCUGACCAUCUGGUGGCCUACAUUACAGAAGAACUUAACGAGUGGGUACCGUACAUCUGGGAUCAGAUUACAUAUUGGGCCAGCUCUGCCAAGGAAAAGGCGAAACGGGGAGCAGGAAAAAUUAAAAGAUAUGUUGCGUCAAAAGCAGAUUUCUAA